AUGAUUAUCAAGAUCAUCAACGCAUAUGAUCCUGACACUGGUGGGUUUACAUUGGGAGGCAAUACUAUUAAGAUAACACGGGAUGACAUAUUUAGUAUAUUUGGCAUAACAGGGGGUUCUGAAAAGGUCAGUUUCAAUACACUGGUACGGCUACUGUGUGCCUACCUAUUACAUAAUCUUUUUUUCCCCGACGGGACAACUGUGAAAUGGAUAUAUUUGGAACGUGUUGAGGACUUGGAACGGUUACGAAACUAUGAUUGGUCUGGGGCGAUUCUGGAUGAACUAAUGACGUCAAUAAGACAGCAUCAUGACGACCCAAGGAGGGUGUCAAGGUGUGUCGUGGUUCUUCUGUACUGGCUAUGCGAGCACACCAAUCUGGUGAAGCCCAUCAAUACCGAAGAAUCACUGGGUAUAAUUAAGUGGAGGACGAUGGAUUUGGUAAAUGCGUUUAGGGAAAUAGCACUCAAUGAGCUUGAAUCUGAUCAAGUGGUUUCACGGCAACAAAAUGUUCAUGAUACCAAUAUGGUUUCUGGGAACGUAGACAAUGGCGAUGCUGGAAUGUCGAGAGAAAAGAUUGAAAAUGAGGGGAGAAAUGGUUCAGCAAAGUAUGGUAAUGGGACUCAAUGUAGUAAGCGUAAAUAUGCAUUGGUGAUCGGUAAAAAGGGGGAUUCAGCGAGAAUGAUAAGGACUCAGGACAGUGUGCACACGGUAGAGGAUUUCUUGAAACAGGGCAAAUUCUUGGGUUUGUGA